AUGCUUGAAGCUGCCACCAUCCUCGCUGGAAUUCGUCACGCUCGUCCCAGAGAUCCCUUUACUACUCCCACAAGGUCGCCCUCCGCCAUCAUCCCCUCGAUUGAGCAGGCCUCAUCGAGCGAUGUACCCUUUGGAGCCGCCCAUGCUGGAAACCCCUUUGACCCUCGCUCCACCGGAGCUUCUUCUCCGUCCGUUUCCCAUGGCUCUGGUCGCUCAGGUCUCAAGCUCAAACUGCGUUGCAUCCAAUCCGCCCUUCAUCCUUCACUCACUCCCAUUGCUGGCGCUGGCCAUAAGCACAAGAUCGAUCAACUCAGCACCCGCCCCGAAGACGACACCGACCCUGAGACUGACAUCAUGCCUCCCAAGUGUCGCAUGAAGCAGAACGUCCAAACUCCUCCCACCAACCCUCCGAUGCCCAUCUCCGCACCCGCCCUGAAGCGUAACAAGCGCAUUCUGGACCCGAAAAGGGCUGACCACGCAGUACUCAUCACCACCGCCACCAAGGCUGGCAGCGAGUACUACGAUUCGGGAGUGGACGACGUCGCUGGCGACGUCAAGGACACAACCAAGCCACGACUGUUCCGCAACGUCACCUGGGGCGAAUACGCCACCAGCUACGACGACGAAGACAACUUCAAGGCCAACCCGGACUUCACUCAAUUCGUUCCCGGCCGGUUCGAGCUUCUUGCCGACGGCACCGUGUUCGACCAGAAACACAAGCUGGUCGUCAAACUCCUCGACAAGAACGGCAAGAAGCGCAUCUUCACCAAUCCUCCCCCGCGCGACUGGGCUUUGCAGGAGGCCAUCACGGCGCUGAACAAGCGCACUGUUCAGCAGAUCCGGCGCAACACUAGCGUCCGGUUCCGUGAGGUCGUGCAGGCCUACGUGGCGGAGGAGCGGAAGUGGAUCCUCGCCAACCUUACCGCCGGCAAGCCCACCAAAGGGUGGAAGGCCUUCGUUGAGGCGUUCAACCAGACCUUCGGCGGCAAGGUUCUCGCGGGUACGGCCGGCGCUCGGCCAUUGAGGAGUCACUCCAGUCUCACCAAGGAGGUGGAGAGAUUUGGAGCUGACUUCUACAUGAAGGGUCGGGUGCCGGUGACGGCCAAGAAAGUGGCCAAGAAGGAGUGA